UCACCCUUAAGUAAGUGGCAUGACAUGUCAUCAUUUUUUUUUUCUUUUUGUCGGCCAUGUAGGGUAAUUUCGUCAUUUAAAGAAGCUAUCUGUGGAGAAAGAGAGUACAAUAAUUCACCAGUUCGCGACAGAUGAGAUAGUAACCAACUGCUAAAAUGCGCAGUUUUUUUUUUUUCAUCCCCCAUCGGAUCCCAUUUGAAUGUCGUCAAUUAAAAAACCAAAAAUAUAAUAAUAAUAAUAAUAAGAAAGCUGGAAUUUCAUCGUCUUCCCUUUAACUUCCCCCUUCGUGACUGUAGAUCUCGUGGGUGUCCUUCUGUCUUCGGUCUUCCCUCUUUUGUGAGACCAAGAAAGUUUCUUUUCUUUUUCUUUCUUUUUUUUGACAAAAAACGAAGAUUUUCGAAGAUAAUGCAAGGAUCAGCAGCUGAACCAGAUGAAAAUGACGAACGAGUAAAGCUCGAGGCUCUCAUUAAUGGCGGAUUCUAAACUAGAUAACCGACCUACCACUCGCAUGUCUCUACUCUUGCUUGUUUUGUUUACUGUUUUGAUUGCAGUAGCAGAAGCAGCACUGGUAGCGGAGCUCAAGGAAGAUGACGACCAACCUUUUGUUGGAGUAAACAUCGGCAGCGACGUCUCCAAUUUCUUGUCUCCCACUGAUCUGGUUUCGUUUCUUCAAUUACAGAAGAUCACCCACAUCCGCCUCUACGACGCCAACACCGACAUUCUUCGAGCUCUCGCUCGCACCAAAAUCCGUGUCAUCGUCGGCAUUCCCAAUAAUCAGCUCCUUGCUAUCGGCUCAUCGAAUGCCACCGCGGCCGCCUGGGUCGGUCGCAAUGUCGCUGCAUUCUACCCGGAAACCCUCAUUACCGGCAUCGCGGUUGGCGAUGAGGUCUUGACCACCGUCCCCUCAUCGGCUCCUCUUCUUCUCCCUUCAAUUCAGUCGCUGUACAGUGCUCUAGUGGCCUCGAAUCUCCAUGCCCAGAUCAAAAUUUCGACGCCCCAUGCCGCGUCCAUCAUCCUCGAUCCAUUUCCCCCAUCCCAGGCCUUCUUCAACCAAUCUCUCGUUCCAUUCAUCCUCCCUCUGAUUCAAUUCUUAUCGAAAACGGGUUCUCCUCUCAUGAUGAACCUCUACCCUUACUAUGUGUUCAUGCAGAAUAAAGGGGUCGUGCCUCUGGAUAAUUCGCUCUUCAAGCCAUUAACUCCUUCCAAAGAAAUGGUCGAUCCCAACACCUUGCUUCACUACACCAGUGUACUUGAUGCCAUGAUCGACGCUGCGUACUUCUCCAUGAAGAAUCUCAAUAUCACAGACGUCGUAGUUCUAGUGACGGAGUCCGGCUGGCCAUCGAAAGGGGACUCGAACGAGCCUUACGCUACCAUCGACAACGCGGACACGUACAAUUCGAAUCUGAUUAAGCAUGUUUUCGACCGGAGCGGAACCCCGUUCCACCCGGAAUUCACUUCCAGCGUAUAUAUCUACGAGCUAUUUAACGAAGAUUUGAGGUCGCCGCCCGUGUCGGAGGGGAGUUGGGGGCUAUUCUACGGGAACACAACGCCGGCAUACUUGCUACAUGUGUCCGGAAUUGGAACGUUCUUGGCAAACGACACGACGAACCAGACGUACUGCGUGGCGAUGGACGGAGUGGACACGAAGACGUUGCAGGCUGCUCUCGAUUGGGCAUGUGGGCCGGGAGAGGCGAAUUGCUCAGACAUUCAGCCAGGGGAGAACUGUUACCAACCCAACAACGUAAAGAGCCAUGCUUCCUAUGCGUUCGAUAGCUACUACCAGAAGGAAGGCAAGGUAGCUGGGUCAUGUGAUUUUAAGGGAAUCGCCACGAUCACCACCACAGACCCAAGUCACGGGAAUUGUAUUUUUCCUGGAAGUAAGAAGAGAAGCAAGAAGACGAAGGCAGCUAGAAGCGAGGCGGACACAAGUGGAGCAGCGGCAGUGGGCACAGUCAGAGCGACUGGAAGGCCCGAGGUUUCACGUGCUUAUCUUCUUGUCCUCUUGUUAGCUUCCAUCACUUUUGCUAUUUAUGAAUUAUGACGCCACAGUGAGGUAAAAACCAAAGAUAAAAAAAAGGGAGAGAAGAAGAAAAUAUCGACGAAUUGUUUUUGUUAAAUUGAACAUCGUGUGACAAGGUAUGAAGAGGAGAGGAGCGGAGACUACUCUAUACCUUUCCAUUGCAAGAAUGAUUGUUUCGUUUACGAGCACAGAAUGAUGAAUUGAUGGAUUUGGUGGGUACUGAGUACUGUGGAAUGUGGAUCCCCUGUUCUGUUCACAGGAAAGCCGGGAAAAGUGGGGGAGCUUUUUCUUUUCUUUUCUUUGGGAUUCUUUUUUUCAGUUUGUCACCAAGCAACAAGAUGGAGCCAUGGGAGGGAAGAAAUUGAAAAUUCUUUAGACCCUUUUUAGGGGGCCUUUAUCUAUAUAAAAAAGUUGCUUUUGUUUAGAAGCUGGAGAGGCCAAUUAGAGAUAGAAGAGUUGUUAGAUGUUAGAACUUUGAUUUCUUUUUACUGGUGGGAAUCAUUUGAUUUUGGUCUGAAUAAUGAACUAUUCAUUAUCUGUCUUUUAGUUUUCU